UGCGAUUGUGCGAGACAUUGCAGAAACUGACAUCAAUUGUUUACAUAAGUAACGAUGCGUAUCUGUCACUAGCCAGCUGGCUUGUUGCAUAGUCCCUCCACAUGGCGCGUCGAACGUUUUCGCUGCGCUGAUCAUGCAACUCCUCUGGUACUCUUACCAGUGAGCAUAACGAGUCUUGUGAGGGAGAAACGUUAUCGGAACUCGACUUGGGCUAAGUGCGGUGGAUAUAGGGCAAUUAUAAAACGCCUUUUCUUAUGAUACGUGUCCUUACGUCUUGUGAGAGAGCGCGCUGCGUAGCUCGCUUAGAGCCUUGUAGGUUGCGUUGUUUGUAUCUGCUCGCCGACGUACGAGUUGCUUUGGUAUCGAAAGGAGUUUUUAAGCUGAAAGCGAAAGGCAGCACUUGGAGCGACAAAAUUAUAUGGCUUGAGCUGGCAAGCUUUCCCCGGAUUGUCACUGUUGGAGAAGCUGGCAUCGUACGACGAUGGAUGUCUCCAGCAAAAGCGAUCCUGAACUUCCCGGAGAUUGGACGUUUAUGCCGUCUGAGGGCGAAUUGAUGGAUGUUCCAGACUCAGCAUCAAGAGUGGAAGGAAGCUGUGUUGAAGAUUUGCCAUUAGACGAAAAUGCCACCAACGUUAAUCGAGAGAAAGCCAUGGAGAAGGGAGAUGAGAAAGACCAGGAUGCUGGACUUGGUGGGGAUAGGGAAGCUGAUGCUAGUGCUGGGAGCCGAGACAGCGAUAUUGACAUCAUUGACGAGGACACCGACCAUAGUAUUGAAUCUCUGAGCUCUUCUGCCAUAGGAAACACAUCUGCGUCGCUCAUGGGCUUCAGUGAGAUAUCUGCUGGGACUGCAAGCUCCUACGGCAACCAGGAGGUGCCAUCUGGCUUGGAUUGCAUAGAUGCAGCAUCGGUGGCAUCUGAUGUGUCUUUGCCACCAGGAUUGGAGAUGCAGCCUGGAAUGCGCCGUUACAAGCAUGUGCCGAAUACUCGCCUAAACUGGGCUCUAACAACUGUGGCUGCUCUUGUGGCAGUUGCUGCUGUCGCAUUUGGUGUUGGCCACUACCUUGGUGGGUCAGACCCGUCCCUUCAGCAGCACGAAUUGUCUCAAGGCCAAGUGCAGCAACUGGAGGCACUUCAGGAAGAGCUUGUGAACUGCAUGCAUCAGCAAAAUAAGGAGACGCCUCUGAAGGACUCUCCCUUCCUGAACACACAAGUGUGCUACCAGGAUGCUGAAUACUGGAAGAGGAAAUUUGAGCAGCUUUUUUCUGAGAACAAGGGGCUCAAGGAGCUGCUCGAGCACUCUCAACGCAAUGCAGUCAUGCACGAUCCCCGAGUGGACUCGGGUGGAGACUGCUCUGCUGACUCACCUGACGACCUGCACAAACUGAAGCUGGACCUCAUCCUUAACCAAAUGCAGCAUUUGCAGCUGAUGAAGACAUUCAAUCAGGUGAAGUACAGUGAACGUCUGUCCCGAGAACAGGCUCGCAAAUUGGAGCGGGAAAACGAGCAGCUGAAGGCCCGACUUGAGGAAGAGGAAACUGAUGACAUCCUUGUUCAACAGCAGCUAGAAAUGAAGGUUCGGUCCUUGACGGAGGAGAAUGAGGAGUUGCAGUCACGACUGAGCCACGAGUCGCAGAGGGAAGCUGCUCUGCGGUCCCUCGAACAUCAAGUGCAGCGGCUGCUAAGUGAAAACGAGAGACUGAAGCGCUCCAUGCAGGAGCAGCUACCCUCCUCUGUCACCACAAGUCGCAUUCCUCUGCUUCGGGACACAGUGAACCGGCUCAUCAUUGAAAAUGAAGACUUAAAGACUGUGGUAGCCCGGCUUCGCUAUGGACGUCCCCUUCCUGUCAGCGAUGAAGCUGCUUCAUACAAGCCAAAGGAUGACCAGCAGGGUGAGGGAAUUGCAGACGAAGUGCCUGAGGACCCCCAGCCUGCAGGCAAGAACCAACUGUCCGAGCUGUUGGAUGUGCUGAAGAAGCAGCAGGCAGACUCUAAGCAGUGGCGCAGGCUGUACGAUGAGCUCAGGCGGAACCAGGACAGCACUAGUAGCGAGAUAGUGUGGCGCAAGUUGCUGGUGCUGGGCCAGACAUUGUUUGACGACAUGCAGACGGGCUUGGAUCGCACUCUGGCGUCACUGGUUCACUUGGCCAAGAAGGGCUCAAGCGUAGCCUCCACUGUCAGCCCCAUGGUCCACGACCUUGGAGAAAAGGUAAGGCGAGAGCUUAAUCGACGCCGAGCGGAAUUGGAUGGAUAUCUUCACGGAUCAGGGAAGCCUGUUCACUCCAUUUCACAGACAAUGAGUUUACUAGAGUCGUCAAUCAAGAAAGUGUUUGAGGCUGGACGAAAGUUUGUCUCCAAGGGACAAGAAGCAACGGGAAAGCAUGCUGAAAAAUUAGUCACCAAACUCACCAAGGUUGCCCAGAUGCUUAGCAGUGACUGGGAAGCCUCAUCUGAAGAUGCAGAAGAAGGUUCUACUGGGCCCACAAGUACAGAGACAACACUGAAGGAGGAGGAAGCCAAGCACACCUGGAGCAAUCGCAAGGCCACCAAAAGUGAUGAGAACAAGGAAAACGACUGUCAGGGAGGUAGCAGCUGUUUAAAAAAAAAUGGCAAGAGCAAGGUGACUCAGCAGAACUCGGCAGAGUAUAGCCAGCUGAAGAGGAAGGUGCCAUCCGAAAAGCCAGCAACCAGAAAUAAGCAGCUACUGGACGCCGAAGAAACUGACGAAGAAGACUGGUUUAGUACUCGAGCAAAAAUUCGGGAACGGCAGCGCACUGAGACUUCACUGGGCACUGACAAUUGGUUCCUGAAGCGACACACACCUGGUUGGCGAAAAGGGGGCAAGGAGGCCACAAAUAAGGGCUCUGCUAACCGUUUCAAGAGAGAAAGCCUCUUUUGGGACCACGAAUCUCUUCUCAAUGAUGAAGAAGGAUUUUCUGAGUGACAUGCAUGAAGCACUUUCAAAUACUAAAGCUUUUUUAUGCUGGUUUUAAUUGCCGGGAUCACGUGGUAGGUUGCUCGACCCUGAUACAGUUUGAGCAGCUUUGAAUCGUUAAAGCCAAAAGAACCCCACUAUUCAGGGUGCAGCCUUCCAAAAUCAUUUGUGACGCUUGCUUUUGCAAGCUGUACUUCGUUUUUCUCACCCUUUUUUUUUUUAGUUGCACUGCUUUAUUAGGCUUGGGGUCUGAUGCUGGACAUUACAGCAGCAUUCAUACACUAUUGUGUAAACUUUUCUAAGCUUCAUACUGAAGCAUUCUGCUUACACUAACAAAUGGUGCAAAGGUGUCAUGCUAACAUAAAUGACGAAAGUGAAAGUUUUUUUCUGUAGCAUCCACACCCUGUAAACUUGAUACCAAUAGCAAUUAAACAUUAUAAUGCCAGGUUACUAUGCUGCUGCGGUGUUCAGACGUGAAAGCUCAAGGCAAGGUUUAUUUUUGUUAGGAACACAGCAUGAUCGGUAACUGUUCUUGCAAAUGCUUGCAUUUAUGCGUUUCCAGUGGGUCAGUAUGUGCAAACUGCAUAAAUACACUUGGAAUCUCCCCAUCAAAAUGUGUAGAAACCAAUGUCUUGCUUGUUCUCAUGAACGUGUUGGGUUGGGUGCACAUGAAAACAACUUCUCUGGUCCAUCUGUUAUUUCUACAAUGUUGCAAUGUCUUUCAGAAGAAAAACAAAAUGUGCAUGUUUUAUUUUUUCAAAUAUAGAGUUAUAACUUCAGAGAUCUGGAAUAAGCCUGCCCUUUUAGUGAUGUUUGUUACAAGGAAGUGAAUGCUUGCUUUGUGACCAUUUUCAGCCCCUGUGUAGUCACAAGCAACAACUCUGACAUAAUUGUUUUGUGAUAUUUCUUCUGUAGUGCUGGAUUUUGUUCAGGCUUCCAGAUUUUAAAACUAAAUAUUUAUGUUAUUGUGUUUUGUUAUAGUGGUCACCAAAUUGUCAAGGUGCUUCAAAGAAGGGCACUGCUGUUUUGUCUUCAUAAUGUGCACAGUGUGUUACUGUUAGAGGUCUUUUGUGGCGUAGUGCUUGGCACUUUUUCCAUGUUCUGCGCAUGCAUCAUUGUAUAUAUGUAAAUUACGAGCCUUUGUUGUAUAUGUGUAGAAUAAACUUGUCUUUCAUCACCUUGUU